CGGGUACCGGUGUGGUGGUGGACAUAGCGGUGAUGGGGGAAGCCCAUGGAUUGAUCUCAGACCUGCUGGCAGACCCCUCUCUGCCCCCCAACACCUGCAGUUCCCUGCGGGCUGUCAGUAACCUGCUCAGUACCCAGAUCAGUUUGCAGCCGCUGCACCGGCCGCGAAUCAACCCUCUGCAGGCACUCAGCGACACACACACCUGCUCCGACUCCGAGGACUGGCCAGAGAGAGAGAAACUGGCCAUCCCAAAGCGUCUGCGACGGAGCCUGCCUCCAGGCCUGCUGAGAAGGAUCUCCUCUACAUGGACCACCACCACCUCAGCUACAGGUCUUCCCACCAUAGAACCAGGACCUGUACGCAGAGACCGCUCUGCCAGCAUCAAACCCCUCCACGACAGUCCACCAUGCAGCAUGGUGAACAGUGAGUCGUGGAACAGCUCUGUAAUGCUCACCAUCUCGAAGAGUCGCUCCAUGUCUGCCUCCUACUCCGCUUCAGCCACCUCCAACCACCUCUACAACAGACGCAUGACCAGACCAGGUUACCCCCCCUCCAAUAUAUCUCCUCUGGCCUCUCCCUGCCACUCCCCUCCGGUCCAGGGGACCCCUGUCUCCAGCCCCACCACCAAGUCCUGCUCUGUGGACCUACCGGACCCUGUGGACAGCCAGGGAGAGAGGCCUGUGGGCCCCCAGGCCCCACACAGAGCAUUAACACACAGCAUCAGUGCACCUAGCUCCACCACACCGCACUGGGGGCCACCAUCUCUCUGCAUCAGCUGUGGCAGACCGUACAGCAGGCUGAGCCAUGGGGAGGGGUCUAUGGACAAAGGGGACAGAAUACCCCACCCUGAUGACCCGGGAGUGGCGUCGUCAGACUGUGAGAGCACCUACGAGACCAACCACAGUGACAGCAGUGACUUUGCACAGAACGAGGAGGACGUGGAGGGGGCCAAGAAGCCCUCGGACACCCAGGACGGAUGCAGGUCGUAUCAGCCUGAGGGAAUCGUCCUGCAACCCCUAAUGCCACCUCUAGAGGACACACAGCCUAUCCUGGACCCAGAGCCUCUGGUGAUGUCAGAGCUGGAUCCUCUGAUGACUCAACUCAACCGCUGGAACUUCCCCAUCUUCAACCUGGUGGAGAAAACACACGGCCGCUCAGGAUGCAUCCUCAGCCAGGUUUCCUACCGCCUGUUUGAGGACACGGGACUGUUUGAGACGUUCAAGAUUCCUGUCAAGGAGUUCAUGAACUAUUUCCAUGCUCUGGAGAACGGAUACAGGGACAUCCCAUACCACAACAGGAUCCAUGCCACUGACGUGCUCCAUGCCGUGUGGUACCUCACCACCCAGGCCGUGCCAGGCUUGCCCAACCUCCUCACAGACCACAGCUCCGACUCUGACUCUGACAGUGGGCUCCUCACCCCCAGCCAUAUAGGCCAUACAGGGUUCCUGGUCUCUAAGAUGUCUGCGGUGAUGGAGGAGGGUUAUGGAUGUCUGUCUGGCCUCAUCCCAUCCCUGGAGCUCAUGGCUCUGUAUGUGGCUGCAGCAAUGCACGACUACGACCACCCUGGACGGACCAACGCCUUCCUCGUGGCGACUAGCGCUCCUCAGGCCGUGCUAUAUAACGACCGCUCGGUGUUAGAGAACCACCACGCUGCGUCGGCCUGGAACCUGUUCAUGUCCCGGCCAGAGUACAACUUCCUUGGCAACCUGGAGCAUGUGGAGUUCAAACGCUUCCGCUUCCUGGUCAUCGAGGCCAUCCUCGCCACCGACCUCAAGAAACACUUUGACUUCCUGGCAGAGUUCAACGCCAAGGUGGGUGAUGACGGCUGCUCGGGCAUCGACUGGUCCAAUGAGAACGACCGGUUGCUGGUGUGUCAGAUGUGCAUCAAACUGGCGGACAUCAACGGCCCACUGAAACACAAGGACUUGCAUCUACAGUGGACCGAGGGCAUCGUCAAUGAGUUCUAUGAACAGGGCGAUGAGGAGUCGAGUCUGGGCCUUCCCAUCAGCCCCUUCAUGGACCGUUCUGCGCCUCAGCUCGCCAAGCUCCAGGAGUCCUUCAUCACGCACAUCGUGGGGCCGCUCUGUUCCUCCUACGACUCUGCCGCCCUCAUGCCGGGGAACUGGGUCGACCCCGCCGACGCACGGAGGACGGAGGGAGAGGAGGUGGGGGAACGAGAGACAGAGGAGGAAGAGGAGGAUACAGCAGAGGAGGAUGCGUCGACUAGCUCUGAGACUUCCCAGAAGCACGUGGUGAAGCUUAAGAAGAGCAGGAGGCGAGUGUUCUGUCCCAUCACUCAGCACCUUCUGGACAACCACGAAAUGUGGACAAGAGUCAUCGCCUCGGAAACCCGGGACACACCGGACAGAGAGGCGCCUAACUGCCUCAGCAACCCCGCCGAGCCAAUCACAGCCAUCCACGAGGAGGAGGAUGAGCCAGCCAGUAAGGAGGAGCCAAUAGAUGGCCAGGUAGAGGAGACAGAAGGGGAAGAGACAGGGCUUGCAGAGGAAGAGGAAGUGGUCGAGCAAUCGGAGAUUGCAGAGAAAAGGGAGGAGGAGUUGGAGUGAGAGGAUUAUAGUUGACCCUAAGAUCAGUUUAUCCAAACUCAUACCCUCUCCCAAAUAGACUUUCUGACUCAUGUCAGAAAUUAUACCCUAUUCCUCAUGUGGUGCACUAGCUGGCCAAAAAUAGUGCACUAUACAGGGAUUGGGGUGUUGUUUGAGACGCAGCCCCUGAUAUUUGGUUGCCAGCAAAUCACUUAGACACAACACUGUAGAAGUUUGGAGUAACAUGUGCCUAAAGAAAACAAGGUGGAGGGAGGGAGCGGAAGCUGAGGAUGAGGUGGGAUUUAUUGUUUUACUACCAUAUUGGAUCAGGUUUCCAUUUCAGAAUCCCUCUCCCUGACGAGGUGCCCGCAACGCAAUACGGGCCCACAGAACACUGACCCCACUGCCAGCCUCAAGACACAGCCGGCCAUACAAGUGGUCCGCAUCCACCUGACCGCCCUCACAGAACCAGGGUGUACAAAGUGGACUGUACUGAAUAGACAGUACAAACACUAGCUCCUGAGGACAAUGAGAUGAAAGUGCGGGAAAAAGCUGUGUCCGCUCUGUGUUGGUUCUCAGGAGAGGACUGAGGACUAGGGAGAGGAGGGCCAGUGUUGAUACAGAGUGUGCUCACAGACACGCAUGGAGGCAAACACACACACACACACACACACACACACACAAACCCAUCAGAAGAUUUGCUAGCUACCCCAGGAAGAGGGAAUGGGAAGUCUAACAUAGAACGCUGUAGCUCUGAAAAAAAGCUUUAUACUCAGUCGUGGAAAAUAAUCCACAGCACAGUGUUUCUUCACAUUCUUCAUCUCUCUCCUUGUUCCCAAUUUGACCAUGUUUUCUCUCUUUCUUUCUUUCUUUCUGUCUUUCUUUCUUUCAAUCUCUCCACUUUUGUGUCGGUCAUUCAGGCUCUUUUCCCCCCCCUCUCGCUCCUACGCAGUUCCACAGGACCCAGGAACACUGACACACCCCACUGGGCACACACUGGUUGAAUCAAUGGUGUUUCUACUUCGUUUCAAUGAAAUUACGUUGAACCACGGUGAAAUUGGUAUUGAAUUGACGUCUGCCCAAUGGGACCCGACGCAGACCCCUCAUCACAGUGUCCUUGUGCCCUUUGUCAUUAUUGCUUCAACCAACACAAGUGAUUGUUCUUUCCUUUGUGUUAUUGGUUUGGGGUUUUACUUUCUUUUUUUUUCUUUUUUCACACUGGCCGUAAGAUAUUCACUCUCAGUGGCGUUUGUGUUUUUUUUAAACAUGGCGUGGGGACUUUUUAUUUUGUUGCCUCUCUUAUUUUACGUACCUUGUAUUUUGAUUGUCUGCACACUACAAAGGGAAUCACUUUGAAUCGGAAUCACGCAGUUUCUUAUAGAGUUAGAUCUUUCUUUUAUUUCGGAAGCCUCCGUUACGUAUUCCAAUGUUUUAUAAGUGCAGAUUCUUUUCUCUCUUCAUAGCCUUGACCCAGUAGAUGAGGUCAUGUACCACCUCGGUGGAGAAGAAGCAUUCAUAGUUGGAUUCAUCUGUGGAUGUCAAUCUGACCAUGACACUGAAAAAGAGAUUCACCUUUUUCAAAGGUUCUCUACAGCCGUCUUCAUUGAUAAACUAUUUUGUAGAACUCUCUCUCUCGUAAAACUCUUUUGAUGGUACACUGACCUCUAGCCUGUGUUUCUGUGCUCUCUCACAAUGGGAUCUACUACCUAAUACCCUGACGGGAAGUUCAGUCGAGAGAGCCAAUGUCGAAAGUACACAGAUUCUCUUUCAGUAUCUUCAGCGAAUCCCCAUCGAGUGAGCAGUCUCACUCAGUUCCUUCAGAGAACCAAGCUUACAGUCGUAACCAGGCAUUUUUUAACUCUUGGGAAAUCAUCUAUUUCUCCAUCAGGCUGAAAUGAUAACAGGCCCUGGGCUCCAAUAUCUUUCGGCUAGUCAAGUGAUCAAAGAAAGCUAAUUGCUGAGUGGCCCUUGAAGGAGAUGUGGAGGAGCCCAGAGGUUCAACCAAGAGAACACGGUUACAGAUAUACUCCACAUACCCACAGAGAGACUGUGCUGCUCCAUAGAACAUGGUGAAUCACGCAUGGGGCUGAAUGCAAAGCAAACAAAAGUGUGAAGAAAGAGAAUGCAGUAAAAAUAUCCAUACCAUGAAAGACAGAUGUCUGCUUAGUGUGUGUUUGCUGACUCCCACAAAGAAGUUAUGUAUUUAUUAACUUCCUGAUAGUUUCAACAUUUCAGCCAUAGGUCUAACAUGGUUGAACUGUAGCUACCCCAUUGUAGCUAUCACAUGAUACAUCUACCUGCAGCUAUCCCAUCUCUCCCUAUCCAUCCCGCUCCUAGCCCAGGGCAGCUCCCAUGACAUGACCAGGCAGAUCAGGCCUAAGCAGGUGUGUGUCCGGAAAGGCACCCUAUUACCUACAUAGUGCACUACUUUUGACCAUCGUCCUAUGGACCCUGGUCAAAGUAGUGCAGUAUAUAGGGAAAAGGGUGCGAUUUGGGACACAGCCCUGGUGGACUAGCCAGCCAGCCUGAGCCAGGCAGCAUGCUGCAGUCAGCACAUGGACCAGUGCUGGGCUCCCCGUGGCUGUCCAUAGCCCCAUUUGAUAUCUAGAGAGAGAGAGAGAGAGAGAGAGACAAAUUGGUGGUGACAGAAGGAUGAGAGGGAAAGGUAGAGGAAACAGGAGAGGAGAGAGGGAAGUGAAGAGGAUGUGAGAGAGAGAAGUGGAUAAGAGAGAAUGGUAUAAGAGAAGGAAGGGGAUGAGAGAGAAAGGGAGAUGAAGAGGGGCGGAAGAGAAGCGUUUGGGG